AUGUUGCGACGCUACAGCUCGCAGGGACUCGAGACUCUGGUGCUCGGAGGACGCAGGACCGUCGUCGGCAGCGCUCCAAACUGCGACAUCGCCAUCCAGGCGAGCGACGACUCACUUCCGGCGACCGAGCAGAUUCAGGGAAAGGACGUCGCCAGCGUGCACGCUUCCAUCGAGUUCUACCCAGUUACUCGCAGUUUCUGGCUCAAAGACCAUUCUCUCGCCGGCUUUACUUCGGUCAACGGCGAACCUGUCGUCGGCCAGGCGAGAGUGGCACCAGAAAGUCGAGAGUCUUCCUCAAAUUUCAGAUUGAAUUGCGUAAUGGCGAUCUCGUGCAAAUCGCUUCCGCUCAGCCGCUGGUCUUCGAAAACAAUUCUUUGGUCCCUCUCGAGGUUUCCAUUCCUCGAUCUGUUCAGCUUCUCAAUUUUUAAGAAAAACUCUGGUUCAAAUGGAAUUAAUAGAGAUGAAGAGCGUGUCAUUCUACCAUUACUAGGGGUAUGGAAUUUUUUCCUUUUUAUCUCUCAAAGAAUAUCUCUAGCAGCGAAUUUCUCCAAUUCCAUCAUCAGUUCGCAGCAUCGCUGGAAGUCGGGCUCAAUCGAAAAGCGCUCACGCUACAAAGCGCAGCAAACGCAGUCCUUCUAAAGGGAAAUCUGGUAGGAAGAAGGGGAAUUCCGGAAAAAAAAAGAGUUUGAAGUCGAUCGCAGUGGGAGCUCUCAGUCGCAGCUCUCUUCCAGUGGCACGAGUCCGACUUCGGCAGGUCCGACUCUCUUUGUGAUCAAGCUAACGUUCGUUUCAGUCCCGACAAUCUUCUCCAACCUCUCGCGUCGGUCCAUUUCCGUCGGCAACAAUCUCUUGCAACGCGUCGUCAAGCUCCAAGCCGAAGUCAUCAGCAAGGACGAGAAAGUUUUCUUCUCAACCACUUCUGCAAGAAACUUCUUUUUUCGAUACGCGAACUUCUGAGUCGCCAACAGGAAACAAACGAGAAAGGAAAGCCACUCUGGCAAAAGUCGAACAGUCGGUCUAAUCUACCUGAGGUGAGCACGUCUUAAUUCAGUCCAACUUACAUUUUUUCCAUCUAGAGCUUUUUUCGCCGUUUUCAGAGAAAAAAGGAAUUAUUGAGAAUUAAAGGAACAUGAAAUUUUAGAAUUCGGUAUAUAUUGUUCCAACGUUUCUACUUGAAUAAAUUCACGUUUUUUUCAAUCGCACGUUUCAAUGAAUUUUCCUCAUUAUAAAAUCACUUUCGAACAAUUUUUAUUGUAGAAAUAUGAUAUGAUUGGGAUUAAAGUUUCGAAGAUGAUGCAAAUUGCCAGAGGUGGAGGAUGGCUGCCCACUGGCCGCCCUGCCUGCCAAGCCAUAAACGCCCAAAAGCAGAAAUGACUUUUUCAAUAGUAACCCAAUGAAUCAUUUCUAUCGCUUGGCCCAAUGGCUUGGCUUGGCCGCCAAGCCAAGGGCUGCCAUCCCAAUCCUCCACCUCUGCAAAUUGCGAUAUUUCCUUUUUUUUAUUUAUUAAAACACACAAACGGAGAAAAUACAUAGUUUUUUGAAGGUGUCAGGUUUGAGCCUCCACUGCGUUUAGUAAUUCUGGAUAAUAAUUCAUUUUGUUGAUAAGAAUUGUUUGUUUUCAACACAGAUCCCGUUGCACUCUGGCAGCGGCCGGCCUGAAAGCUCGAGAUGCUUCGAACUUCACGCCUACAGAGCUUUUUUAGGGGCCAUUGUAGCCGAGUUGCGAUCUUUCAAUGAAAGGUUUCCUCCUCAACCAACGCGCAACCAACCGAUUCCAGAACCUUGAGAACUUCUCAAAGAGAUUACUCCGAAAUAUUUCUCUCGAUCGUCCGGUCGAUAGAAGAUCCAUUUUCAGUCAAAAUGAUGGUAUGAUUUUUAAAAAUAAUGAAAGAGAUAAGACUUUUUUCUGAAACAGGACAUCGAAAAACGGGUGGAAGAAGUUUUGGCUGAGAACGACUUUGACGAAGUACAUGUUUCGAAAUUGCGGUCUUUUCUGCGGGACGAAAGAAAGGAAAAAAUAACAGUAAGAAUCAUGUGGAAAAUGAGGUGGAAAUGAAGCAGGCGCUCUCUGCGGAGCUCGAGGUCCUUCUCCCGGUGAUUCGAGACGCCGCCGCCAUCGCCCGGGAGUCCAUCAGAGUCUGCAACGUUUUCACACAGUGGAGUCGUCAGCUGGGGGUUCUUUUUUGUUUCUUUUUUUAUUCAAUGCUUUUCCAAAUUCGGCAAAAACAUUUAGUAUUUGACUUUGUUAGAAUAACAAAAAAAGUUUCUAACACGUGUUAUUUUUACAAAGUCAAAUGCGAAAUUUUUUUGCCAAAUUUGGAGAAGCGUUGUAAGUUUGAAGGUUAGAUGCUUUUUAAAAAAAUCGUUUUCGCAGCGGUUUCUUCUUUCCAUUUUUGAAGAUUAAAAUUUUUAGAAUAGUUCCAAAAGUUCACAUUGGAAAACAUGAAUUUUUGAAUAAAUUGUUUGUUUUUCGUUUGUAGCACUGUGAAUUCGAAAAAAUCGAUUUUUCAUUGGUGUCAUUUGAACUUAUAGCAUGUAAAGCAGAGUUAAGGACUCAAUCAGAACGACUGGAAUCACUUCGGGAGUUCUGCUUUCCGCUAUAGACGAUUUGAAACAAAUAUUCAUAGAUUCUCAGGUAAGACUUUCUAGCGAGAAACAAGAUGACAGGUUUUUGAAGAUGAGCCGUCAUUGGCUGCCUCCGAGCGUCACUCCGUUGCUUCGGCUCGCCGCUCUUGAAAUCGAGAAGAAAGAGCGAGGCAAGGUGAGAGGACACAGAGAAGUUCAGACAGGUUCUAUUCACUCAGUGGACGGUUCAAUGAAUCUCUUUUCAGACUGGACAACGGCUGAAAUCAAUGAUCAUUUGACAGGUUCGCAAAAAUUAGCCAAGAUCAUCGAGGACUUGGAAAAUGACAAAGUUUGUGAGUAUUGUGAGGACCAAGCGAUAACGGCAUCAGGUUCUGCUCCGACAAGAGUUGGACCAGGCUCUCAAGUUUGGGAAACGUCAAAGUUUGGCGGAAGACGUCGAGGUGGAGAAAGCAAUAGAAGACACAAACGAAGUGGAGCAGAUACUUCUGGAAGCAGAAGAUCUCGUUUCCAUCCUAGGCUUGCACACUUCCCGACUUCUACAAGAGAUUCAGGCUGCUGAGGUAUAUCAGAAAAAAAGCUCUCACACAGUCAAGAGUCAGAUGGCUGGAGGACUAGAAGUCUCAACGGGGGUGAGGUUGGCAAGUUUGUACGAAAAGGUCGAAAACGCCUUUGGAUCUUUCCGGAAAUAUUCAAAAAGAAGUUUUCAUACCCUCUCUUCUUGUGAAUAUGAAGACUUUCAGCAGAGCUGAGAAAAAACGAUUCAGUGGUUUCGAUCGACAUAACCGCCAACGACAUCGAGGAAGUGAAAAGGAAAAAUAGUGGCGAGGAGUCGCCGUCGCAGCAGAUCCAGCGACACGUCCCGGCCGAAAAAGUAGAGACGUUGACGGCGCUCCCGAGGCUGACCUCGUCGUUGUCGCUAAUCGGCAAAGACCGCGUGCCGCCCAUAAUUCACGAAGAGAUGGAGGAGAGCGAGGCUUUCGGAGAGUCUUCAACAGAUUCACUGUUACGACGGGUUUUAUUGUGUUUUUUUCAAUUUUGAUAGAAGUUCUUCCAGGCCGCCAUAGCAUCUCAAAGAUAUAAUGAUCUGAUGCUUGAAAGAAAGUCAACUUCUCCUGAUUUAGACCAUCAACAAAUUUUGGUUGAUGCUAGGGCAUUUCACGUAAGCUAUUCGACAUUCGGAUUUCUUACAUUUCUCUUUUUGUUAUCGUAAUCAAACCGCGGUUGAUUUGAGCCAAUAUUUCAUGGCUCUCAACUUCGAAACGCCCUCAAGGAUUGAAGAAAUAAGCUUCGACAAAAUGAUGGGAAUAACGUUUGAAGAUUAAAAAAUGGACGCAGCUUUUUUGUCUCGACGUGGUUUGAUCGACUUUCUAGCUGAUUCUCCGCGCCUUGAAACAGUAUCACGCGGCAUUGCACUCUUUUUUCUAUACAGAAGCUUUGUGAAAAAUGAGAAAUAGCACAUUGACAAGGGUGAACCAGAGGCCGUAUGCAAUAAAGUGGAAAAUGAUUUUCCGCCAUUUUCCUGAAAAUUGAAAAGACCUUAAACUCGCUAGGAUAUAAUGGAUUUCGACUCUAUCUGAGGUAAUAAGGCUUCAUAAGAAGAUUCUGACAGAGAAGAAACAAUUUCAGUCUAAAAAAGACUAAUUGUAGCCAUUUACGAGUUUCAGGAAAAUGGCGGAAAACCAUUUUCCACUUUAUUGCAUACGGCCUCAGAGAGAGAAGGAGAAAAAAAGGACAGACCAUAUUUUUUCAAUCCGUGAUGCGUACGUUAUUCUUUUUUAAAUUAUCAAAGUUUUCAUUACAGGAUGUUAUUCACAUUGCGGAACAACUAUUGAACGAUUUUGGAGACGAGCUGGAAAAGCGAAGGCUGGACGAAAAAAAGGACUCAUCUCGGUCAGCGUCGGUCGCGCAGGAAGUGCUGCUGGAGACUGUGUUCGAAGUGCAGGAGUCGUCGGACGGAAUGAUCGAAGCGAAGCCUUUUGUCCAGGUUACCGUAGAAGGACCUAGCGAAGAGGCGACGAUUGUCGAAGAAGUCGGUGAAGGAGAAAUCCCUGCGAAUAUCGAAGAACAAGAAAAACCUACUGAAGAGGAACUUCAUAAAGUUGACGAACAGAUGAACUUCCCAGAGUCAGAAGAACAUAGCAAUCAAGAAAAUGUUUUUCAAGAGAACGAUAUUGAGAACAAAAUAGGAUAUAAUGAUCAAAGAAAAAAAGAAGAGGAGGACGAACUGUUGGCUCUGAACCGAACCAAAAAUGAAGAUGAAUCGAUGGACCAUAUAAACAAUGAGAUAAUGAACUCCAAUUCUGAAGAAAUGGUCGAACGCUUUCAUGACACGCCGAUUGAGACAAACUCAGAAGAAACCCCGUUGCUGCUCCAAACUACGCGAUCAACGCCAAGAAAUACAAGCCCAGGAGAAGAGACUCAAAAUGAAAUGGAACCUCCUGCCGAACUCCUUAAAAUGUUUGUUUCUUUAUGAAAAAGGGUAUAGUUUAGUGUUUUUAUUUAGACACAAGAUGCGUGACAACUGUCACGAAAUGCAAAACACGGCCGUUUUUUUGGAUGAAAACAGCAAACCAAAGAGCAUUGCAGAAGUACGUCUUAGAAAUUAGAAAAAUCAUUUCAUUAAAAAAUUUUUUUAUUCGAGCAAGUUUUUUUUUCAGUGUUUAGACUUAAAACAAUCAGUUACUCAUCAAUAACAAGUUUUUAGAGAACUUACCCAAAUUUAAAACGACAAAAGUUUAGAUCAAGCACAGUAGCCAUAUCCAGUCCCACAUCAACACAGCCACUAGAACUCCUUAUGUUUUCCACCAGGUACAGAAGAUUUUUCAAUAUUUGAAAGAAAGUACCUUAAAAAUACAGUACCCCAGUCGAGACUUCGACGUCACUCCCUCAAGACGUCGAGCCAUGUCCGAAGAGAAGGCGUCGACGACCAAGAUUUCGAAAAAGAUCAAGAGUAAAACGCCGCCACCACGACCGCGUUUCAAUUUAUACUGA